AUGCGAGAUGUAGCCGCCAUUCCCUUUGUAUUAUCUUUUCUCCUCCCCCUUAUCCAUUCGAAACGCCAUCCUUUUCUGAUCCGCCCCCAUUACGGAGACAGUCGAUGUGAGCGAGAGUCCACUCCCGGUGACUGUAAUGUGCAACAUUGCAUUGAGUCGGGGCUGGGAGAGGCCUGCGAGUCGAGAUACGUCCGAUUUCUCAAAGCUGAUGGCAGGGAUUACUCGAGGAAAACUUGCAGAUGUCUGACUGUAAGUCAAUACCAUUUUAAACAAUUUUCUUCAAAAACCAACUUUCUUAUCAACACAAAAAUACUUUCAGGAGCCUCUCUGCGCCAUUAUGCCUUCAAAUAAACAAGGUUGUGUAUCGUAUUCAUCAUUGGGAAGUCAAGCACAGAGGUUGGUUCGGAAGUGGACGAUGAGCGAGAGUGACCGGGAAUCGAUAGCGCUGCAGAGGGACCUGUUCCAUAACGAAUAUCAAGUCAAAAAACCGCUGAGGUUACGUUUCAAACAUUCGAAUUUGACCAGGGUAAGGAUGACAUAAACUUACAGGUUCAACAUACUAAAAUAAUACCAAAAAGUUACCUUUAUCACAUUUAAUUGUCUGUUUAUUAAUCUAAAAUAAUCGUUACUUAAUACUACGCAAUUUCCACUCAUAAUAUUUAUAUUACAGUAUACCGAUUCCCGUCGACACGAGGAACUUUUGAAGGGAAAGACCCGUUUUUGUUGCCGUCUGCAUCGAAUCCACAAACGAGCUCAACAUUUGAGGCUAAAAGAAGAGCCAUCCAAUUCGAAUACUGCCGCGAUUUCCGUUAUUCCCAUGAUCUCAAUCCUCGGUUUAUAUUACACAUAA